GAUUGCAUUAGCGUCGUCAGUGGAAAUGAAGUGAAGGUUGUUAUACUCAUCGUUUUUGUUGAUGCGGAAAAUUCAUCGGUGCCACACAGAGUUGUUAAAGUCUACGAUAGAAUCGGUUGAUGAAUACUUACAUUAACAACACCAUUGUUGUUGUCGCAGGGUGAUACAAUGGAGGUUAUGGAGGGCGAGACAAUUGUAACAGAGAAUGUUGAAGUAGAAGAAAAUCCAACAGUGUGCAGUGUGGAUUCUGAAAAACCAAAUGCAGAAUUUGUUUGGACUUUGCAAGCUACAUGGCAACUUGCCCACACCCGUCUUGAAAUGGACCAGGCUUUCGACCAGCCAGUGUGCAAGAAAAAGAAACUCUGGGAGACUGUAGCAGAGAGGGUGACCAUCAAGCUGCGGGCCGCGGGGAACCCUGACGUCACGGUCAAGGCUUAUGAGUGUGACCUCAAGUGGAGGAACAUGCUAGCCACGUACAGGAAGAACGCGGAGAGGGCCAAGAGACUGGGAGUAGGGAGCGUCCACUGGGAGUUCUUUAAGGCCAUGCAUGAGGUCCUCGGUAAGAGUCGUGAGGAGAUCGAAGCGCAGCGCAGGGCUAAACUAUGCGGAACAAAGUUGGGCAAAGCUAUCGCCAACAAGAGGUUCACUCCCAUCCUCCCUACCCCUACCCUUACAGCUGCACCCUGCCCAGCCCGGCCUCCACAGGAUGUGCUACAGUUGUACAUGGAGCUUCAGGAGAGAAAAAUGAAUAUGUGGGCCCAGCAGAAGGCUUUGGAAGAGAGGAAGAUAGAGGCGAUAAACAACUUAGCUCGUGCCAUCUCAAGUUUGUCUCAAAAUAACACUACCCCACUGACAAAAGAGUAACAGCAAUAUCCAGACCUGGAUAACCAAUGACUUGAUAGUAAAAUGACUUGUGACCACAUGGGAAGGACUAGAAAAAGAUGCCUUUGAUUUGUAACGAUUGACUGGAUCUCGUCACUUAGAUGACGAGAAAGAACUUGAGUGAUCUUACUUUAUUGUAAGAUCUAAGUGUGUUUCAUGUACAGAUGUUAAAGAAAUAGACAAAUAGUUCCUAACGUGGUCAAAAUAUUGUAAAUUGUUUUUAAUAAAAGAAAACUAUAACAGAAGAGAUGGGUCAUAAAAAAUUUACAACAUCACACAUUGCUGAAAUCCAAAGCUUGAUAGAGUAAAUCUGCAACAGCUGUUCUUCUCUCCAUACCUUCAAUAUCAGUUUCUCCCUCUGCCUCCUGCACACUCACUUCCUCCUCAAUCUCCCCUCUGACCUCUUGCCCCAUGUCAAGGAAAACAUUGUGCAGUAUGCAGGCAGUCAGGACAACUGCUUUGGCCCUCUCAAAGUUACCCAUGUCCAGAUACCGGAGCCUUUGAAACCUCGUUUUCAGGUCAGCUAUGGCCUGGUCGAAGGCACAAAAAUGAA